UUAACUGUAAAAUCGGACAAUGACAUUGACUACUUCUUGACUCUAUGCAUCUAAAUUUCCUCUUGGCUAGUAAUAAAUUAAGUGAAAAUAAUAGAUUUAAAUUUUUAUUCAUAAUCUCAUAGAGCCCUUAAUCACCAGCUAUUAAGAUCAAGGUUGUAGUGAAAGACUACGCCCUUUUGUUAUACUUUGUUGUUUGUGUUGGCUGUCAACAUAGGCCUCUCAGAUACUGCCGUUAUGGACAUGAUGGUGUCGACAUUACAGCAACAGCGAGCUGUUACAGAGCAGCUGCGGCGGGAAGCUGCAAUAAAACGUAUUCCCGUUUCUAUCGCCGUAGCGGAUAUCGUACGAUUCAUAAGCGAUCAUGAACAAGAAGAUUGCCUUCUUGUAGGCUUUACUAGUCAAAAAGUCAACCCUUUUCGCGAGAAAAGUUCUUGCACUGUUUUGUAAAAUAUCUGUGCUUGGUUAUUUAAAUGUAUGCUUGGUAUUUAAAAUCUCAAUUAUAUUUAAAACAGCAGGAAUCAAAACUCUUUCAAGGUAUACUUUGUAAUAUUUCAAAUUUUUUGUUUUUAUUCUAAAUGUAACUAUUUUAAAUGUUGUGAGGACUCAAUAAACAAUUUAUCUAUA